GUUGCGUUUUCAACGCCACCCGCUUUGGAUUAACGUGCCCGAAGAUGAUAAUAACCGCGAAAUUGGUUAGCAUUUGCCUCGGCGUGGCUUUGACGGCCUUCACCGUUUCCACAAUUGUGCUCGCGGUGCAAAAGUCCAAUCUCAAGGAUGAUUUACGCGAUGCCCAAGAGAAAAUCGAUCAACUAGAGGCGGGUUUUGCAUCUACUUCGACGUCUACAACAACUACCACAACCACAACGGUAGCUCCAGGACCCACCGAAGAAGGACCUAGCACAGUGGAGCCUAGUUCAACUACAGAGGGUUCAAGUACCGCGGAUCCUGGCACUACAGUUGCGCCUGAGAAAAUCGAUUAUCGUCUGCCCACCGCAUUGACGCCCACCAACUAUGAUCUGUAUCUGAAUCCGGAUAUCGAGACGGGUCUCUUCAGUGGCCGUGAAACUAUUAACAUUACCGUGAACGAGGCCACCAAUCAGAUUGUGUUGCACUCGCUGUACUUGGAUAUACAGAAUCCGUCUGUUUAUGAAUCAACGGGAACAAAUGUCGUUGUCUCGGGUUUCACUUUCGAUUCGGUUAGGGAGUUUCUGAUCAUCAAUCUGAGUCAAGAACUCACCGUCGGCUCAUUCAUUCUGCUCACGCUCGACUUCUCCGGAAACAUGGCCAGCAAAAUUGUCGGUUUGUACAGCUCGUCGUAUCUGAAGGCAGAUGAAUCCCGCAAAUGGAUUGCGACAUCCAAGUUCGAGCCAACCUACGCUCGUCAAGCAUUUCCCUGCUUCGAUGAGCCCGCUCUGAAGGCGACCUUUGAGAUUACUCUGGUGCAUCCGGUCGAUGGCAAUUACCAUGCGCUGUCCAACAUGAAUGCCGAUUUGGAGAUCAAUCAGGGCACCUACACCGAAGUAAUGUUCGCCAAGAGUGUGCCGAUGAGUACAUAUUUGGCCUGUUUCAUUGUCUCGGACUUCGAGGCCAAGUCCGUGGACAUUGAUACCAAGGGCAUUGGCAACACCUUCCAAAUGGGCGUCUACGCAACGCCAGACCAGAUUGACAAAGUGGACUUUGCCUUGGAUGUGGGCAAAGGUGUCAUUGAGUACUACAUUGAAUACUUCCAAAUUGAGUAUCCGCUGCCUAAGCUCGAUAUGGCUGCCAUUCCCGACUUUGUCUCCGGUGCUAUGGAGCACUGGGGUCUGGUCACCUAUCGCGAGACUUCGCUGCUCUACGAGGCGGCAACCAGUUCGGCUGUGAACAAGCAGCGCAUUGCUAGCGUCAUUGCUCAUGAGUUUGCCCACAUGUGGUUUGGAAAUUUGGUUACCAUGGACUGGUGGAAUGAUCUGUGGCUAAAUGAGGGAUUCGCCAGCUUCAUCGAGUAUUUGGGCGUCGACUCUGUGUUUCCCGAAUGGCAAAUGCGCGAUCAGUUUAUCGUUGGCACUUUGCAUGCAGUGCUCACAUUGGAUGGCACUUUGGGAUCUCAUCCCAUUAUUCAAACAGUCGAGAAUCCCGAUCAGAUAACAGAAAUCUUUGACACGAUUACGUAUUCGAAAGGCUCUUCGUUGGUUCGCAUGUUGGAAGACUUUCUGGGUGAGACAAUCUUCCGUCAAGCGGUUACAAACUAUCUGAAUGAAUACAAAUACAAGAACGCCGUAACCGAUAACUUCUUCACGGAGAUUGACAAACUGGAGCUGGAUUAUAAUGUGACUGAUAUAAUGCUCACAUGGACAGUGCAGAUGGGUUUGCCAGUGGUCACGAUCGAAAAGGUCUCCGAUACUGAAUACAAAUUGACACAGAAGCGCUUCUUGUCCAAUCCCAACGACUAUGACGAAGUGCACGAGGCUUCUGAAUUCAACUACCGUUGGUCGAUACCCAUCACAUACACGACGAGUGCCAAUUCGGCAGUGCAGCGGGAAUGGUUUUACUACGACCAGAGCGAAAUCACCAUAACUGUGCCCAGCGCCGUGGAAUGGAUCAAGUUUAACCACGACCAGGUUGGCUACUAUCGCGUCAACUACCCCAAUACCUUGUGGGAAGUUCUGGCCAAUCAGUUGGUCUCCUCUCCUGAAACCUUUACUGCCGGCGAUCGUGCUUCUUUGUUGAACGAUGCCUUUGCCUUGGCCGAUGCAACGCAGUUGCCUUACGAUGUGGCAUUCGAUAUGACCAAAUAUCUGGCCAAGGAAGAAGACUAUGUGCCCUGGAGUGUGGCUGCCUCGAAGCUGACGUCCCUGAAGCGCACUUUGUACUACACGAGCAGCUAUGUCAAGUACAAGAAAUACGCCACGGCCUUGAUUGAGCCCAUCUACACGGCACUCACCUGGACUGUGGGCGACGAUCAUUUAAACAAUCGACUGCGUGUGACAGCCUUGGGAGCAGCAUGCUCGCUAGGUCUUGAGGCCUGUCUGACUGAGGUGGGCGUGCAGUUCAACACGUGGCUAGCAGCUCCCACUCAGCGUCCCAAUCCGGAUGUGCGCGACACGGUUUACUACUAUGGCAUGCAGACGGUGGGCAACCAAGAGACGUGGGAGACCGUCUGGGAGCUGUUUGUGAACGAAGCCGAUGCCAGCGAAAAGUCCAGGCUGAUGUAUGGCCUGGCUGCUGUUCAGGAGCCGUGGUUGCUGCAACGCUACAUUAGUCUCGCCUGGAAUGAGGAGUAUGUGCGUGGUCAGGACUAUUUCACCUGCUUGACCUACAUCUCGGCUAAUCCAAUGGGCGAAUCCCUGGUGUGGGAUUAUGUGCGCGAGAACUGGCUGCAGUUGGUGGCACGUUUUGGCCUCAACGAGCGUUAUUUGGGCAAUUUGAUACCCUCGAUAACGGCGCGAUUCAACACGCAAACUAAACUCGAGGAGAUGGAGCAAUUCUUUGCCAAGUAUCCAGAGGCAGGAGCUGGCACAGCUGCGCGUGUUCGUGCCCUGGAAACUGUGAAGAACAACAUUGUCUGGCUGGCUGAAAAUCUCGAAAGUGUUGACGCUUGGCUCGACAGGCAGUCCAAACAAAUGGAUCGCGUUGGCGUUGCCAUUGCGCUAUAUGGUCUGAUAACUGUUGCUGUAUCAGUUUGCUGUGACGAAUCAAUGGUCAUCAAGUACAAUGUUACCGGACAUCCUUAUCAUGUUGCGGGGGGGGCCCAUGUAAUAACAUUGGCUGCGAAUGCCAAGGAGGCUGUUAUGUUUGAGAUAUGGGAGACCACUUUCCUACAAAACCAGAAUCGUUACAAUAUUAAUAUCAUCGAGAUGUACCAUGAAUCCUUGGUGUAUACUGGCGAUCAAUUAUGGGAUUACACCACAACUGAAUCAGUUUGCUGUGACAAAGCAAUGGUCUUCAAGUAUAAUGUCACUGGAAAGCCCUGUCGUGUAGUUGGUGGCAUGGACUCGGGUCAUGGCUGUAUUAUUAAGAUUUGCGCUAAUGGAAAAGCAAUGCAAUCAAACGAACACUUUUGCGGCAAGGGACCAUGCAAUAGUUAUGGCUGUGAGUGCCAGGGAGGCUGUCAACUUGGAGAUUGGGAGACCACUUUACUUCAAGCCCAUGAGAGUUACAAUAUUAAUAUCAUCGACAUCCAUUGGGAGAACUUGUUCACUUUCAAUUUACCUGUCGUCGCUCUAAACGUAAAUAUGUUAAAAACGGACGAUAGGAUACACACAGUUCUUUUUUUACUCGUGGCAAUAAUUGCCAUGCUUAAUGGAUUAACGGCUAAAAAUGCGAUUAACUAUCGUCUGCCCAAAGCGCUUGUGCCCACGAACUAUAAAAUACAUUGGUCCCCUCGUCUAGACAAAGGCUAUUUCGAUGGAAUGGCAGUGAUUCAAAUUAAAGUCAUCAAGCCUACCAAGCAAAUCAUUUUGCAUUCUGAUAAGCUAUUCAUCCGCAGUGUUUAUGUACCAGGCAAAAGAGUGGUUAAAUAUGAACUUGAUUCUGUCCGUGAGUUCCUGAUAAUUGAUUUAAAGGACAAAUUGUUGUCAAAUGAGACCAUAGAAUUGAUGUUAGGUUUUAAAGGAAAAACUCAACACAAGCUAAGCGGAAUGUACACUAGCAGCUAUCAAACUUUGGACGGUCAGCAAAGGAAUAUGGUCACAACUAAAUUUGAGCCAACUUAUGCUCGUCAGGCCUUCCCCUGUUUCGAUGAGCCCGAUAUGAAGGCAACAUUCAGCAUCAGUGUCACUCAUCCCAGUGGAAGAUCGUACGAUGCUGUCUCCAAUAUGAACAAAAUUAAAACGCUGAAUAUGGGUAAAAAUACAAUGGCUGUCUUCGCUACGAGCGUUCCAAUGAGCACAUAUUUGGCCUGUAUUAUUGUCUCAGAUUUUAAGAAAUUAAAUAGCACCGUUAAGGCCAAUGGCAUUGGAAACGACUUCCAGAUUGACGCAUAUGCCCAACCUCAUCAGUUGAGCAAAGUGCAAUUUGCUCUGGAGGUUGGAACUGCUAUUACAGAGUACUACAUUCGGUACUUUAAAGUACCCUAUCCUCUGCCGAAGUUGGAUAUGGCUGCAAUUCCCGACUUUGCCGCGGGUGCAAUGGAACAUUGGGGCUUGGUGACAUAUCGCGAGUCUCUUCUCCUAUAUGAUGAGAAUUAUAGUUCCACGUGGAACAAACAGUAUACAGCUAGCAUUUUGGCUCACGAAAUUACUCACCAAUGGUUUGGCAAUCUUGUAACUAUGAAGUGGUGGAACGAUCUUUGGCUAAAUGAGGGAUUCGCUAAUUUCAUGCAGUGGAAGGGAGUCAAUUCUGUUUAUCCGGAUUGGGAAAUGCUGGAUCAAUUCAUAACAGAGGAACUGCAUCCAGUGCUGAUAAUCGAUUCCAAACUCUCAUCACAUCCAAUAGUUCAAAGGGCUGAAUCCCCUGAUCAGAUCAUAGCUCUCUUUGAUACCAUUACUUACAACAAGGCUGGCUCAAUCCUGCGAAUGUUAGAGAACCUUGUAGGCUCUGAGAAAUUCGAGAAAGCAGUUACGAAUUACUUGAUUAAAUUCAAGUAUGGCAAUACGGUGACCGAUGACUUCUUGACCGAAGUGUCUGCUUUGGUCGACGAUUUUGAUGUAAAGCAUUUGAUGCGUACAUGGACCGAGCAGAUGGGUUAUCCAGUGCUCUAUGUGUCCCGCUCCUUUGCAGGUUUUACCAUCACACAACAGCGAUUUCUUUCAAACAAGGAGAGCUAUAACGAAGCAGCAGAACCAAGUGAAUUUAACUACAAAUGGACCAUUCCAGUUAAAUAUACUCUGGAAAAUUUUGCGAGUGAUAAAGUCAAGAGCAUGAUCUUUCAUUAUGAUCAAGACUCUGUAGCUAUUGCAACGUACAGAAAAGUUAAAUGGAUCAAGCUAAAUGUGCAUCAGUAUGGGUAUUAUCGCGUAAACUAUGAGAACAGUCUUUGGGAUCAACUCAUUAAUCAACUUUAUGAUAAACACACUCGCUUUCAUACUACCGAUCGUGCGAAUCUGCUGGAUGAUGCCUUCAGCUUGGCUGAUGCCAGUCAAGUGUCUUACAAUGUACCCCUAAGGAUGUUAUCUUAUCUGGUACGAGAAAAGGACUUUAUGCCUUGGUAUGUGGCUGUCGCUAAGCUGCAGAUCCUAAAGAAUAUCCUGUUCACUACAGAUAUUUAUAAUCGCUUCGUCAAAUAUGCGCGUAGUCUUCUCGUUAAUGUCUACCCAGAAGUGGGCUGGACUGUGGAGGAGAACAACCAUUUGAGAAAUCGCCUGCGAGUUUCCGUGCUGACUGCAGCCUGCUCUUUAGGCCUUCCUGAUUGUCUUAGUCAAGCAGCUCAGCAUUUCACCACUUGGCUCAAUAAUCCAACUGCUGCCAAUCGACCAGCUCCUGAUCUGCGUGAGGUCGUCUACUACUACGGAAUGCAGCAGUCGAGUAGCGAGUCAAGCUGGGAGAAGCUUUUGGAGAUUUUCAAGGCUGAAACCGAUGCCAGCGAAAAGACGAAGCUUAUGUAUGGUCUUUCCGGUGUGCGGGAUGCUAAGCUGCUUCAUCGCUUUCUUGUACUGGCUACAAAUGAAAGCAUUAUACGGAGACAUGAGUAUUUCAAUUGCUUUGAAGCUGUUGCCGCCAAUCCCGUCGGUGGGCCAAUUGCCUGGAAUUACUACCGGAAUAAAUGGCCGCAACUGGUAAAGCGCUUUGGACUACAUGAUCGCAAAAUGGGCACUGUAAUUGCCAAAAUUACUGACCGCUUCUCAACUAACGUGAAGUUGGAGGAGGUGCAACAGUUCUUUAAGAAAUAUCCGGAGGCUGGAGCUGGUGCCAGAUCUCGUCAGGAGGCCAUCGAAACCAUCAAGUACAAUAUUAAAUGGCUGCGGGAAAAUUAUGCACCUAUAAAAAAUUGGGUGACGAAGCAAUCUUCUUCAAAGAAUCAUGCAAAUAAUUCAAAUUUUAUAUUGACGGAGAAAUCUUCUUCAAAGAAUCAUGCAAAUAAUUCAAAUUUUAUAUUGUCGGAGAAAUCUUCUUCAAUGAAUCAUGCAAAUAUUCCAUCGGUGAGUGAAAGUAUUGAAAUACUUAUCCAACUAUAUCAUCUUUUGUUCAAAUAAAAAGCUGUAAAUCUAUGUGCACAUAAUAAUAAUAUGUGCUAUAUUUAAUAUACUUUACAGGUAACUUUGGCCGCGUUGCAUUUUGAUAUAAAUAUUUCUAUGUUAAACAUUUUGAUCAAUAAAAUAUACAAA